CCAAUUAUUGCCUAAUCCAGUCUAACCUAAGGUUAACAGCAGUUCUUACACUUAGGAAGCAAACUGAACAGGAAACGGUGUGUACAAUGUGAUGGUAACUCGGAGAGUGUUCCUGGGUUCAAGUUAUGAGUAUUGUUUCAGUGCUAGCAGUUAUCUUUAUUAUUCUUUCACGAUUUACUAAGAGAACCCCGCUGCACCCGGGUCUCUUCUUCCCCGCUUUACAGUUUCCCCCUCUUCACUACAUUCCCCUUUGGUUCCCCUUUCAUCCCUCCCAUCGUUCUACCCUUUCCCUUCUCUCAGAAAAUGUAUCAUUACGAACCACUGUGAACAUAUAACAAGGUAUGUGUGAUAAGCGUCGUGUGAGAUAAGAUAAGCAGCGGACGGCGCGAGAGCUGCUGGAGGUUCGCCAUCACACUCCACCCAUACCCGGAGCGUCGUCCGCAGUGUGGAUCGAGACUUCAUAUAACAAAUUCCUUAUGUUAUGUAUUGAGGUGAAAUAUACAAUUAGAAUGGUGAAAGUUAAUUCAAACUUGCGGGACAUGUUUUCGUUUAUCAAAAUAUCAAACAUCACAGUAAAAAAUUGACGGUGCAGAUAGACUGCUUUCAUGCAGGGAAGUGAUUGAAGCAAUCGUUGUCAAAACAAAGAGUGCCAACAACACACGAUGGCUCAGCGUACGGAGUCGGUGCGGAGGUGGGUGUGUCGGCUGUGGGCGGUAUGUGUGGUGCAGGAGGCUGUGGAGUCCUGGACGCGUGCCUGGCUCGUCGACAAGUUCAGGUCGCCUUACAUGUGCCGUGUCUCUGUCAGGGAUGACAGGUGGUGCAUGGUGCCUUCUCUUACCCACGCCAUGAUGAGUCGGCUGCCAUCGUGGAAGUGUGUAUAUGACCCUUGGUGUGACAACAUUGUGCACACGGAGACCUCGCCGCCCCUCCUCACCCGCCUCACGGUGCUGACGACGGCGCUCAUGGUGUCUCUGCUGCUUGCUUGGGCUCCAAGACUCCUCACUUACCGCCCCUCUAGCCCCAGCUUACUGUGGGUCAGGCACAACACACCACGACGAGUACUGGUGCUGGUGGCUGUGGGCGCCAUUCUCCAGCUCAUCAUUGAUCAUUGGCUCCUCUUUCUCAUUCUGCCGCCACACUACCUGCUCAGCCGCGUUAUUUCAUUCGCCACCUUCUGUUGUGCUACACUCACAAUGACAGCAGUGCUGGUGGCACAGUUAAAGCUUCGACCACAGAAUCAGCUGUACCGCACACGCCCACUUUCCCUCGGGUCUUGGGGUAACUACGACUGCACAGCCACAACCUAAAUGGGAUAGUUUGACCAGACCACAUACUAGAAGGUGAAGGGACGACGACGUUUCGGUCCGUCCUGGACCAUUCUCAAGUCGACUGUGAUACAAUGACUAAAUGGGAUACAAUGUAUAGGCACAGUUACAGGAAGAAACAAAGCACAUACACAUAUAUACGCACAGAUGCAAACACGUUGAGUGACUGUGCUAGAUGCUGUCUGUUUUGCCUGAUGGCUGUCAACAUCUGAUAAUUGACAAACACACCAUGACAAAGUGUACCCCUGGAGAUUCUAACCAAAGACAGUGAGAGCGGUGGCUAUAAGCACUGGCACCUCGUAAGCCCGUAUUUAUCUGCAUUUAUCUUGACAACCACUAGAUGUAAUGGUCUUCCCAGGGAAAGGAAGCAGAGUAUAAAGCUUGCGAGAAAUUCCCUAAUUUCUAGCUCAUUAUUUAAUAAUUAAUCAUAAACUAGAACGGUACCCUCAUGUCCAGUUUCAUGUAAUACAUUCCAUCUGUUAACUUCUCUGACACUGAAAAAGUUCUUUCUAACGUCCCUGGGGCAACGUUCUGGCUCUGCUCUCCGGUUCUGGCUACUGCGACUGAUGUGACCCAGUAUAGUGGAUCACAUAGGGCAGUUAUCUCAGCGAAAUAGCUUCAGGGAGCCACUGGGGUUUUGUGAGAAACAGGCAUUUCAUUACAUUCAAUGCUGGUUGUUCGGUGGGUCCCUGUUGCUUACCGCUCCACCCAAUUUGAAUUCCACCAAACCCUUGCGAACCUGUAAAAAGCUUACCAAGGACCAGAGGACAAAACCUGGUCUCCUUACAGAGGGGCAAGGAAUAGAAGAUCGACCGGACAAAAGCUGAUGGUAGCCGAAACUAUUUGCCCAUCAGCCCGCCGGCACUCUGAUGGUAAUCUAUAUAUAUAAUAUCUCAUGAGUUUUCAGUUACACACACACACACAUAUAUAUAUCUAUUGCCCCCCCCCCUAGGAAGCAGCCUGUAGCAGCUGUAUAACUCCCAGGUAUCUGUUUACUACUAGGUGAACAAUGGCAUCAGGGAACAAAAAUCCGCUGUAGAAAACGACAGCCGAUUGGUUGGAAUUCAGCUGCAGCUGCCCCCAGAAACAAAAGUGAAAAGGGGGCAGACAGGCAGAAAGUUAAGGAACCAAGGUGAAUCUAAGGACUGGGCCAACAUAGCUAGCCGACAUGCCAACUGAGACAAAUAAGGGCUCAACUGCCUCCCGAAGGAGUGGAGCGAGUAAAUCUGGCACCUACUGGCUUUGAAGCUCGAACCGAUGGAAGGAUAUUGGUUUGGACAGCCAUAUGCUGGAGAGCCAAGAGAGAAAAAGGCUGAGGUGGAACACAGGACAAAGAGUCAGAGUGGCUCACGGUGGAUAUAGAAGAACGAGAAUGGAGAAGUGACACAAAUAGUGGAAAGGUUAAGACUUGGGGAGGAAAGAUAGAAAUGCCAACACAGUGAUACCUCGGCCUCAGAUCAAAGUGGAACAGGAAAUGAAGGGGAGCUGGUUGAGUUGUCUGGGUUUAAUUCUUGGAAAUGGUUGUGGACCGAGGAAGGGAAGAAGGGUUGGUAGAGGAAUGUGCCAUAAAGCACGGGCAAAUGUCAGAAAAAAAAGAAACAUCAUGCCUAGUGUCUUUAUCAUCUGGAUAAAAUAUGAAUCAUGCUAAACUACUGUACUGUUUGACAGGCAUUUGUGAAUAGUACAAUGCAGUGCAGUGGUUUAAGAAUUUAACUCUUUCAUAGACACCAUAUUAGAAACCCCCUUGAGUUAAUCAUUUCACUCAGAGUAUACUUUAAUUUGAAAAAAUUAUAGAACUUAAAUAUGUACUGUAUAUAGAGCACUUAAUUAUUUAAAAUAUCAUAGGCAAAAGUUUGGAUAAUGAGAGAAAAGCUCAGGAUUAUAGGAACACCACAAAUAACUAUCCAUACACUUUAAUAUUUCUUCUCUAAUAUAUCUAUCUAAUAUGAUCAUGUUCGCAAGAGGAUGAGUGGAAGGGGCUAUUCAUACUUUAAUUAUUACUGACUCAAUAUAAAAUAUAUUAGUAAUAAUGGCUUCUAAAUAGUUGACCCAGAUUUUAAGCAAAAAUAUUUAUAAUUAUUCACUAAAACAUGUACAGUAUUACAAAACAGAACAUAUUAUGGAACAAGAUUAUAAAAUUAUUACAGAUGUCUGGGCCUUCUAAUAUUUGAAGUUUAAUCCCAGUCCUUAUAAGAAACCGAUAAAACUUUAAUAUUUCAUUGUUUGUAGAAAAAAUCUUUUGAUUAAAUUCUAGGUCAGAUACACAUUAAAAGUUUUUUUUAAGUCAGUAUAUUUUGUGCCUAAACCUUCCAUCUCUUGUGAGCAUGACCUAUAAAACACAAGGGAACAUUUAUGUACAAUGUUCUGUUUGGUAUUAAAUGCAUAAUAUCAGAUCUUCCAUAAUAACAUCACACUUAAUUUCAAAAUAUGAAAAUAAAUGUAUUAAAAAUAACUAAGCAACAGGCAACUUGUGAACAUUAACUUCAGCUGUAUCAUUUUAAAGACAACUAAAUUUGAUAUUUCCCGCCUAUUCUUACAUAAAUAAUUACAUCACUGAAACAAAACAUUAGUAAACCACUGCAGAACAAAAUACAGAAAUUCUGGAGACUAGUAAUAGGUAGAAUGUGCCUCUCAAAAUAGCCACAAGGCCCACAACUUUGCAAGCAUUACCUCAUGCCUCCAGUAAGGUUUUUCUUGGAUACUGGAAAACUAGCCUCGUGAACACCACACAGAACCUGUGCCAAAUUGCCGCUCACAUUACAAGUUGUGCUGUGUGUAUUUGGGCGGUUGCAUUAUUUACACUGACGCUGUCUCCUUGACCUUACACUAAAAUAUAUUCUGUGUGAAUAAAGUUGAUUAAGACUGAUAAGUCAUACUGUUUUGCUAAUCAAGUAUUUGAUUUAAGAAACUCUCACCACUCUAGAAACUUGUGUGCAAAUAUUUUGAGUGCCUUACAAAUGAGCCUUAAGGCAGACCUUCCACAAGUACAGCGUGAGUUAUCAGUCAAGUAAAUCCAUAUUCUACGUUACUGCUUGAGUAUCACUAAUAAUAAUGGACAAAUCACACAUGAAAUCUCAAGAGACCAGCUUGUAUAAGAAAAUCCUUUAGUUACUUUUGUAUUCAAGCAGUUACCAAGAAUUAUGUGUAAAAAGUAAGGAAGGUCUGAAAAUGACAUGUGAAUACACACUGACCAUGAUCAUGAAUACAUGACUUUACAUAAAAAUCUGGAACUCUUAUAUCUCUAUAUACAUUGAUAUUUUACAUGCUUUUACAAAGCAAAUGAGGCCAUGAAAAUGAUAACAGCUCAGGAAUAUUUUUCUUGGGAAAUGGACAAGAAAACAUCAAGAAAAUUUGUCAAAAAUAAGUAGAGUACAGUAAGGAAGUGUAAAAAUAAAUACCUUGUGAUGACUUACAUCUACGAAGACAGUGAAGAAGCAUACAGCUGCAACCUAACUUUGCAUAUAAAAUAUUUCUAAACUUUGUUGAGAAUAUGAAAUUCUUUUUAAUUGGGAUAGACCAAUUUUGUGUACAAAGCAUUGUAUUCUUAUAAAGGGGAGAGUGGAUAUGGAAGUACUUGAGAAAAUCUUGGCAGUCAUAGCAAGCUGUACAACACUGUCUCACGAACAUGACGUAAUAAUACCUCUGUAUAACUGCAGUUGUGUGCCAAUUAUCCAGUCACAUUUUAAAAUUUGGCAGCAUAUCUGUCAAGACAGGCUUUUGAUAAUGUUUUAUUUUCUAAAUUACCUAUUUUCAGUUCCCAUUGAUAAUACUCAUUUAAAAUAUACCCAAGUGUCUCCUGAUUUCAUGAUUUUUAUCUUAAUUGCAAGACUCAAAGAACUGGAAAUGCUAUGUCCGAAUCAGACUUUCAAAGCAUGACAGGUCUAUGACAGUAAUGAGUGACUAUCUUCACAAUAAAUCUAUUAAAACAAAAUAUAUUUUAUAUAUAUAUUAUAUA